AUGUCCACUCGGUGGGUCAAAGUGCAUAACUGCCAGCGUGAGUGUGGGACCACCCGACACCUGAUCCUUACUGUUGAAGUCAGUCUACCCCAUGGAGAGACCAAGUGGCAGGGCUCAGCAGGGUUGGACUGAGGUUUUGGCAUGUCUGAGAAAGGAGGAAAGGGCUCCCACCAGGAGCCGAAGCCUGAGCCUGAGCCACAGGUGAAUCCCUACGCAGAUGUCCUGAAGGUGCUCCAGGAUGCCUUCAAUUCCGGCCGGACCCGUCCAGCCGAAUUUCGAAUUCACCAGCUAAAGGGGCUGAGCCGUUUCCUGAAGGAAAACCGAAAGUUACUUCUGGAUACCUUGGCCCGGGAUAUGAACAAGCCGACCGUUGAAGCUGAUGUGUCCGAGAUUGUCUUAUGUGAGGUUGAAAUCAAGCUGGCUCUGAAGAGUCUCCACACCUGGAUGAAGGAUGAGCGGGUGAAGAAGAAUCUGGCUACCCAACUGGACUCAGCUUUCAUCCGGAAGGAGCCCUAUGGUGUGACCCUCAUCAUCGCCCCCUGGAAUUACCCUCUGAACCUCUUGUUGGUGCCUUUGGUGGGGGCCAUUGCUGCAGGUAACUGUGUGGUCAUGAAGCCCUCGGAGAUGAGUAAGAACAUGGAGAAGGUCAUUGCUGAGCUGCUGCCCCAAUACCUGGACAAGAACUGCUUUGCUGUGGUGCGGGGAGGCCCCCAGGAGGCCACGAAUCUGCUCAAGAACAAAUUUGAUUACAUCUUCUUCACAGGGAGCCCCCGGGUGGGCCGGCUCGUCAUGGCGGCUGCCUCCCAGUACCUGACCCCCAUCACGCUGGAGCUGGGAGGUAAGAACCCAUGUUACGUGGACGACAACUGUGACCCCCAGAACGUGGCCAACCGAGUGGCCUGGUUCCGCUUCUUCAACGCGGGACAGACAUGUGUGGCCCCAGAUUACGUCCUGUGCAGCCGGCAGACGCAGGAGAAGCUGCUGCCCGCCCUGCAACGGGCAGUCACCCAGUUCUAUGGGAAGGAUCCCCAGAGUUCCCCAGACCUGGGCCGCAUCAUCAAUGACAAGCAUUUCCAGAGGCUCCGAGGCCUGCUGGGCAGUGGCCAAGUAGCCAUCGGCGGCCAGUCAGACGAGCAGGAACGCUACAUUGCCCCCACAGUGCUGGUGGACGUGAAGGAGUCGGACCCCGUGAUGCAGGAGGAGAUCUUUGGGCCGAUCUUACCCAUCCUGAAUGUGCAGAGCAUGGAUGAGGCCAUUGCUUUCAUCAGGAAGAGAGAGAAGCCCCUGGCCCUGUACACCUUCUCCAACAACUCCGAGGUGGUGAAUAAGGUUCUGGAACAGACCAGCAGCGGCAGCUUCGGGGGAAACGAUGGCUUCAUGUUUAUGACAAUCGUAUCCAUGCCUUUUGGGGGAGUUGGUCGCAGUGGGAUGGGCCAAUACCACGGCAAGUUCACCUUUGAUACCUUCUCCCACCGGCGUGGUUGCCUUCUUCGUAGCCCAGGCCUGGAGAUGAUCAACAAGUUCCGCUAUCCCCCCUACUCCCUGGGGCACCAGUGGCUGGUGGUGUGGCUUUUGGAGCACAAGCUGGGCUUCCCUUGCUCUAUCCUGUGAGGCCCCUCCAUUGUCCAAGACCUUCCCUGCACCUGCAGGCUUGGGAGGGCAGGACCAGGCCUCCCUGCCUGACUCGGGUGUUCUACUUCCUGUCUCUCACUGCCUCAGAUACCCUGCCUGAGCCCAUCAGCGCACCUCCUUGGCCCUAGGCCUUCCUCCCCUGACCUGGAGAGAAAGGGUGUUUUCAUGUGAAAGAUGCUAUUGAUAUGCCUAUGAUAUAUUGUAGGGUCAUUGGUCUGGCUCUGGAAAGGAACUUGGAGGACAUCAGCCCAACCUUCUCAUUUUAUGGAUGAAGAACCUGAGUCCUAGAAAAGCUAAAGGGCUCCCUAAGGUCACCCAGGUAGCAAAUGACAGAAUUCAAACAGAAACAAAAUUCAAACUCAGGUCCUGGGACUCUUCUCAUUGCACCACACUGUCUCCUCACACACCUAAUGUCAUCACAUCCAUGUUUUCAUAACUGUGCGUCAUCUCUCCAACACACAUCAUAACCCCUCAGGGGCUGUCUCACUGGUCAUGCUUCUGGGGAUCUUGGUAAUACUGCAGAGGGAUCAGAGAUAUCACACAGGCAGUAGUGGCAGUGUCAGGAUUGGAAUCCAACUCCUCUGACUCUUUUCAUUAUACCACACUGCCUGGGCUAGACCUUGCUUGCCUGAAGCAAUGUGAAGAAUUUCCCACGGGAAACCUCACUGCCUCUGGGCAGAAUGAUAGCAAGCAUUUGCACAAGUGUGCAGGACUCAGUUUUUCUAGCAAGAACAUUCCUUCUUUCAAGAAUGUCCCAGCACUGGAGAUGGCUAACACAACUUUGCCUUCCCCCAUUUGUCCUAACUUUUGUUUCUACCUAUCUGGUCCUCUACCCAAGGAAUUCCUUCCACAGAUGCUCAGACUUGCUCUGAAUUUGAAUGUGUUAUCCCUCAC